UUCUCACAGGAACAGCCUCUUCACUAAAGGCAGAGGCAUACUGCAGUUGGUCGGUGAGACGUAAUUGGAGAUUCGUUUUUUCUCAUAGGGGACCUGCAGAAAAAUGCGCAUAUACUUUGAUAUUGUCUGGAGUUUUCUGACGUACUGAUUACCACCAACCUGCCUUGAAUUUUGUCCAAAAAAAAAAGAAACAAACCAGAGCUGUCACAAUGUCAAGAGUCACCAAUCUGUCAAAACUGCGACAGGAGAGGAUGAGGGAGGUCAACUUGCGGAAUAAAGAGAGGGAACGGAUGAGGGAACAGGAAAAAGCGUUACGGGAAAGAGAAGCGCGUUACAGCAACGGACACUUCUUCACAUCCCUAACAGUAUCGGGGACGACACUCUGCGCAGCAUGCCACAAAAGUAUCACCGCCAAAGAAGCGCUCAACUGCCCGACAUGCAAUGCAACAAUCCACAACCGCUGUCGAGAUACUUUGCCAAACUGUGCCAAAAUGAAACAACGGCAGUCAAAGACAGCCCUGCUGAGGAACAACUCUUCUCUGCAAAAUGUCGCACUGCGCACAAAAGGUCCAGUAAUGCGUGAACGUCCUUCUUCAGCCAUUUACCCCUCUGAGAGCUUCUAUCAGUCGCUGCGCAGUUCUCGCCGUGGUCGCUCCAGCCUAUCGCUGUCCAAGAGUGUCUCCACCAACAACAUCUCAGGGAACCUUAAUGAAGACACGCCUCUUGGAAUACGUAGGAUUCUUUCCCAGUCCACAGAUUCACUAGGUUUCCUAGCCAGGGCCAUGUCAGUGGAGUCGCUCAACGACGAUGGUAUGUUAGCCAUGUUAUCAUUUUAAACGAUCAAAUUUAUAUAUUCUCAUUUAGCUUCUCAUUCUCAUUCUCAGAUAGAAAACGGUCUUUACCUCAGCUCACACACACUAGGCCUAAGCAGUGCAUCUCCAGACGGAGGAGUGUGGGGUUAUAGGUCAGCCACAGGAUGUAAACAAACCACAACAAAUUCAGUCCUGAAUGUGAUUUUGGCGUGUGUGUGUGUAUCAGAGCUGAUUCAGACAGAGCUGCACCACAUGCGAACCCUUUACAUCAUGGAGAGGGUGUUCCAGCAGGGCAUGCUGGAUGAACUGCAGCUGGAGCUCAGCACGGUCAACGCGGUCUUCCCCUGCUUAGACCAGCUCAUCAGAAUACACUGUCAGUUUCUCUCGCAGCUGCUUCUGCGUCGCAACAACAGCCUGCAGCCCGGGUCCAGCUGCAACUUCACUAUUCACCAGUUGGGGGAUGUGCUUCUACAGCAGUUCUCGGGCCAGUGCGCGGACGACAUGAGAAAAACGUACACUGAGUUUUGCAGCCGCCACCCGAAAGCUCUGAAAGUUUACAAAGAACUGCUGGCGAGAGACAAACGGUUCCAGUGCUUUAUACGGCGGGUCAGUCGAGGACCUCUCCUCCGUUGCCAUGGUGUUCAGGAGUGCAUCUUGUUGGUGACUCAGCGAAUCUCCAAAUAUCCUGUCCUUAUUCAGCGAAUACUGGACAACACCACUGAUGAUGAGGAAGAAUCAGCUUCGCUGGCUGAGGCCCUCAGGAUGCUGAGGGAACUUCUGAGUUCAGUCGACCAACAGAUAGAGGACAUGGAAAAAACGCAACGGCUGCAGGAAAUCCAGGCCAAGCUGGAUCCCAGAGCAGAAACGAGAGUUAGAGACGGGAGAGUUUUCAAGCCGGUGGAACUGCUGCGUCGCAGACUCAUCCAUGACGGAGCGCUCUUAUGGAAAAACGCCGGAUCUCGGCUCAAAGAUGUGCAGGUCUUACUGAUGACAGACAUCCUGGUGAUUCUACAGGAAAAGGAUCAGCGGUACGUCUUCCCCAGUCUGGAUAAACCCCCAGUACUUUCCCUUCAGAACUUGAUAGUGCGAGAUAUAGCGAAUCAGGAGCGAGGGAUGUUCCUCAUUAGCGACUCUUCUCCGCCGGAGAUGUACGAGUUCCACGCCGCUUCCAAAGAGAUCAAGAGCGUUUGGAUGCGUCACAUUCAGCGCACUGUCAGCAAUUGUCCUUCCAGAGAGGAGUUCCCCCUUAUAGAGACUAAACAUAAGGCUCACCUGAGGAGACUCAAAGCUGACCUCCAGCAGAAGGACCGUGAAGUGCUGGAGCUCCUGCAGGAGAGAGUGACGGUGUUCUGUGAGCUGGCAGAACUCAACAGUGGCCAUGAGGAAUUACAGCCUCCUCUAACUCGAUACCUGUUCAGGGCGGACACACCGCAAGCUCCACAAGCGGAGAAACUACUGCUGGAUGCUACGGCUGAAGUGGACAAACUGAGUGAACUCCUACUGGGCUCCAGAGUGGACAUCCCUCUGCUGUGGCAUCACAAUAACAAGGAGGCUGCAGAGACCANUCAGCAGGAUCUUCUGAUCAACGGAGCCCAUGAUAUCUGUUCAUCAAAGAAACACAUGUCGGGAUAUACACAGGAGAUCUGUCAAAGGCUGGUGAAUCUCAGCGUGUAUCUGCAUGCACUCCAGGUGAGUAGAGCUACUUCAGUAACCACAGGGAUUACCGUAGUCUAGUGCAAUAUAUCGCAC